GGCAGGUACAUGGGGUGUUGAGGCUGCGCUGGCUACUGGAUCAUAACUGCUGAGGAGUAAGCAGCAUGUGGCUUGAGCAGGCAGGCAGAGCUCUUUAGUGAGGUGGGUUCCGGGAGGACUCUGAGCCUGUGCUCAGCUGAGCUCCAGAAGAAGCUCAGGGAGGCAGAGGAGGGCAGAGCCGCAGCUGCUGCCUGGCUUUCAAGAAGAAGGCGGGACUCUCUCCAUCAGCUGCAGGCUCAAGGACGGCGGGACUCCACUCCACCUGAGCCAUGCCGGCCAACCUCACAGAGGGCAGCGCCAAGUCCAAUGGGACUGGGCAGGCACUGAAUUCUCCUGUCCUUUGUACUGAAACAGUGACUUUCACUGCAGAGGUGGAAGGAGAGGAAUGGGGCUCCUUCUACUACUCCUUCAAGACUGAGCAGUUGAUAACUCUGUGGGUCCUCUUUGUUUUCACCAUUGUUGGAAAUGCCAUUGUGCUGUUCUCUACACGGAGGAGGAAGAGGAAGUCGAGAAUGACCUUUUUCGUGACUCAGCUGGCCAUCACAGGUAAGCAACUGCAGGAGAGGAAUGAGCUGAGAAUUCCCAUGGCUCCUCACUGCCAAGUAAUUUACCAACAGAACUGGUGUAUUACCAGUCCAAAACGCAGCUGCAGAUUUGGGAAUCAUUUCUGUAGGGAUAUAAAACUCAAAUCUGAAUUUUUCUUCCAACAAAUUUAA